AUGGACAGGCAGAGCCUUGAAACCCCGGCAAACAGGCUCUGCCAACCGCCCCCAGAGCCCCUUUGCUUCCCUUCCCUGGGGGCUGGGGGCCCUCCGAGGAAACAGCUGCAAGAAGCUCAUCUCUGCUUUGCCCCCUGGAAAACACUGCAGGGAUCAGCACAUUACAGCUGGGCCUUGCAGAACCCCCACAGCCCAGCAGCCUGGUCAGGACCCCUUCCAGCACGGAGCUCCCAAGCCCUGGUGUGGCCAGCAGCACCAUGGGGCCGGAGCCAGGGGCUGCGGGGCCGGGACAGCUACCGGCAGCUACGCCACGAUCCCGCGCAUUCUGGAAAGAGGAACCUGCUGCCAGUGCGGGCCGGGGCCGCGGACGGCCGGGCGGGAGCCGCUUCCCCCACGCCUCACCGCGGCAGCGGCUGCAUCCGAAGAAGAGGGGAAGGACAGGGAGGACGGGUCCGGAGGAUCGAGGACUGCCUGCCGCUGCUGGAGGACUCCCCGUCCAAGCGGUUCUCCCCGUCCAAGAGGAAGCAGUAUUACAUCAACAAGGCCAUCCGCAACUCCGACCUCAUCCCCAGGGCCAAGGGCCGCAAGAGCCUCCAGAGGCUGGAGAACACUCGCUACCUGAUGACCCUUCUGGAGCAGGAUGACUGUGGGAGUGAUGAGGGAGAGCUCACCCACUCGGCUCCCCCCAGCAUCUUCACCGAGGCCUGUAACAAUGAGACCUAUGUGGAGAUCUGGAACGACUUCAUGAACCGAUCAGGAGAAGAGCAGGAGCGGGUGCUGCUCUACCUGGAGGAGGAGGCCAGGAAGAAGCACAGGAGGAAGCUGCCUGUCAAGAAUGAAGACAACUGGAAAGAGCUCCCAGCCUACACACCCCAGGAGUGCUUCCAGCGCAUCAGCCGCCGCCUGCGCGCCACGCUGAAGCGGGGCCGGAUCCCCAUGGGAACGCUGGAGGGGCUGGAGGAGGAGCUGCUGGCCUUCUUCUCUGUCACCCCCCACUCUGUCUACACAGCACUGAUGGACAACAGCUUUGAGCGGCUCCUGCUCCACGCACUCUGCCAGUACAUGGAUCUCGUCUCUGCCAGUUCGGACAUCGAAGGGAAACGUCAGAUGAAAGUGAGCAACAAACACCGCGUGUUCCUGCCCCCCGAGCUGCUGCUCUCAGACUACCUGGGGCAGAUGAGCUGAUGCCCCCCGAGCUGCCCAGCCCCUCCUGUGUCCGGCCCUUGUGCAGCCCUUGGACCCUCGGCCCUUCCCCUGCUCCGGGGGAAGAGCCGGGGCCUUGCAGCCCUCCUGGAACUCUUUGUGUGUCUAUUUAUAUAACACAGGUGUUUUUUAAAAAUAAUCAGGCGGGGCCAACCACACCCCCCCCCCCUUCCCACCUCUGGCGCUGACGCUCGUGGGGUGAUUUCGGUCCAGAUUUUUCUGCGGUGAAACAGCUCCUGGCGGCUGCUGAGCAAUCGCUGAGCCGGCGGAAGAGCCCGGGGGCUGCCGCGUUCCCGCACCCGCAGCCCCGCGCCCGCGGGGUGUCCGGGGGGGCUCGGUGUGGGGAGCUCCGGGUACUUUUGCCCCCCCCACACCCUGUGCCCUGCCCGCACGACGGGGCUGUUUUUAAGUGUAAUAUAGCUUGUGGGUUUUUUUUAUCACGUGUGUGUAUAUUUACAUGAGUGUGUGUGUGUGUGCGUGUGCGUGCUGCUGGAGGGGUGCAGCCCCUUUCGGGGUUCUCUCUGCUUUGUCCACAGCUGCCAUGGGGGCAGUUUGGAGGUACCUCCGUGUGCCCCCCACCCCCGUGUCCCUGGCAUGUGCCAAGGGUUGCUCGCAGGGUGUGCCCUGGGGGAAUCUUUUUUCUGGUUGCUCUGUCCCAUGACGACACCGACUGCCAUUAACCGUGGGGACCCCCAGACCCAGGGGAGCCCCUCGCACCUCCUUUGCUGGUGUGACUCGGGUACGGGCGCGUUCAGGAACAAUAAAGAGC